GUCGGUCAGUGGAGCCAGCCUGAUCAGUUUAGCGGCGACGGUAGCGCCUGACAGUAUGGUGUGUGUCAUCCUUCUGCUGAGGACCAUAGGAGUGCGAUGAAGCCGUACCCCGUCGUGUUGCUGCUUCUGCUGACCGCGCUCUGCGCCUCAGAGGAGCGCGGCGGCGGAUGCCCGGCGCUGAUCUGCCCCACAGAGGCCCAGAAGUGUGAGCACGACCGUGACUGCCUGCAGGACGAGAAGUGCUGCGCCACGGGUUGCGGGCCAGUGUGCGUGAAGCCUCUCUACACAGGAUGUGAGCAGCUCCAGAGAGAGGCCUACAGGAGAGCACGCAGUCUUGGUCUGGAAGGCUCAAAAAUUCGAAUCCCAGCAUGUAAUAAGGAAGGUGACUUUAAUCCAAUUCAGUGUGACUCGGCUACAUCAAAGUGUUGGUGUGUGGAUCAGGAGGGAUUUGAGGUGCCUGGCACACGGGCUGCUACCCAAGAUCUUGUCAACUGCACAGAUCCGAAGCCCUGCGCAGCUCAUACCUGCCGCAUGUUCUGUCCUCACGGGUUUGCUCUGGGGGAUGAUGGAUGUCCCAGAUGUCAGUGUCAUGACCCAUGCAGUGACAUAAAAUGUCCAGGUGCACUGAGCUGUGAGUUGGAGAAUGUGGCAUGCCUCAAACAACCAUGCCCCCCCAUCCCCCGAUGCAAGAGGGCCCGCAGCCUGCAGAAUGUGUGUCCUGUCGGAGAGCCCCUCAAGAUCACUGACAGUCAACGUCCUUUCCUCUGUGGGACAUCUCCUGGGAAACCAAGAUGUCCACCGCUGUUUGAAUGUCUUGUGGAGACAGGUAAUGAUUAUGGGGUAUGCUGCCCCGCAUCAUUCAAACUGCAGAAGCCAGGCUCCUGUCCCAAGCAGGGAUCAAACCAGGAAUGUGGCAUGCACUGUGAGCAUGACUUGGAAUGUCCAUCUAUGCAAAAGUGCUGUGCCUGUGAUAAUGAUGGAAAACACUGCAGUCAGCCUCUGAAUGUGACUACAUGCUUGCAGCAGCGUAUGUUGGCAGAACUGCUUGUCAUGAAUGAGCAUGAAGGAAAGGGUUAUGUGCCACAGUGUUCCCCAGUCACUGGUCAGUUCAAGGCACGGCAGUGCAGUCGUAAUGGACUCAUAUGCUGGUGUGUUGAUGCCCAAGGCAACAAGCUGCCCAAGUCAAUGGGACCAAGGGACACUGUCACCUGUGAAUCGAGCAUGACACAGGGCCGCAGCAGGGCUCUAUCCUGUAAUGUGAAUAUCUGUGCCCAAAUCUGCGAGUAUGGCUUCAAGGUGGACCCUAGUGGCUGUCCAACAUGCGAAUGUGACAAUCCCUGUGCAGGAUUUCAGUGCAGCCCCACUGAACAGUGCAUUGCUGUAAGAGAUGAGGACUGUUCUGGGUUCCUCUGCACCACAUCUCCACAAUGUCAACCCAUGUGCAGAGAGGGGUUUCCCCUCAUGGACCCCCUGAAUGGUGCGGUUGUCCAGUGCACUGCAGAGGAAGCUGUCUGCCCAGAUACUCAUGUCUGCACAUACGUCCCAGGGAGAGGGAGUAGAGUGUGCUGCCCUCAGAUGCUGGAAGUUGACCAUACAGAGCUGGGAGCAUGCCCCAUACUGACAAGCUGCAACAACGUCACUCUGUGCCAUGUGGAUGCAGACUGUGAGGACAACAGCAGGUGCUGCUUCAGCAACCAGUGUGGCACCGUGUGCAUGAGAGAUGAGGACAGACCUCCCUCCAUGUGUGAAUACUUACACGACUUCUCUGACAAGAUGGAGGGAACGCAUGAGGGAAUGAAGUUGGCUCUACCCCCACCAAAGUGCCACUUGAAUGGUUCUUUUGAGGCAACUCAGUGUGCAGAGAGAAAUGGUGAGAAGCAGUGCUGGUGUGUGGAUUCGUUUGGAUCUGAGAUUCCAGACACAAGGACCAAUGGGCCUACAGACUGUGUAGCACUGCGUGAGGCCCUGGGCUGUCUGGAUCUGACAUGCCGUCUGGGCUGUGACUAUGGAUUUGUGCUGGACCCAUCCACCCGCUGUCCCUUGUGCGAGUGCCGCAACCCAUGUGAUGACAUUCACUGCCCCAAGGGACAGAUUUGUCAGAUGGUAGAGGCAAACUGUGAGAAUGAAUACUGCCCACCUGUGCCUGCUUGUCUGCCCAAGAAAUCAGGGCAGUGCCCUUAUUUGAUCCCUGUCACUGCUGGAUCAUGUGACUAUGAAUGUCGAUCCGAUCUGAACUGCAAUGGGACAGCCAAAUGCUGUUCGAAUGGAUGUGGUACUCGGUGUGUGGAACCUGUCAUGCUUACAGCAUGCCAGCACAUGCGGGCCAUUCUGGAGCAUAAGGCCCAUGAGACAGGUAUCCCAGCUAGGCAGUUAUACCUACCAAAGUGCAGGGAUGAAGAUGGGAGCUUUGAGCCCAUCCAGUGCCACCCAGUUACCCACCAGUGUUGGUGUGUGGAUGAUAAGGGUGAUGAGCUACCCGGCACUCGGGCCCCACCUGAUGUCCAGCCGUCUUGUGAAGCCCAGAGCAGCUGUCCAUCACUCAAGUGCAUCCCAUGCCCACAUGGUUUCCUGCUAGAUGAAUCUGGUUGUCAGACAUGCAAGUGUCGAGACCCAUGCGCGGAGAUUUCUUGCCGUGAGGAUGGGGAGAAAUGUCGUCUGGUGGAAGUCUCGUGCAUCAACACACCAUGCCCCCCUGUGCCUGUUUGCCUGCCACAGCCCCAGAACCCCUGCCAGAUGGGUCAACCUUUGCUUGUAAUGGGCUCAACAGAAGUGAUGGUGUGUGGGCCUAAUGGAUCUCCCUGCCCAUCAUCACACAAGUGCCACCUCAGCCCACUGGAAGAGUAUGCAGUCUGUUGCCCAAAGCCCAGAAAUGUGUGCUUUGAACCCAUGGAAGUUGGGCCCUGCCACGCUGAGACUCUGCGCUGGUACUUCAACUCUGAGAACAAUAAAUGUCAGCAGUUCAUGUAUGGCGGCUGUGGUGGAAAUCAGAACAACUUUCAUUCUGAGGAUAUGUGCAAGACAGUUUGCCCUGUACUUAGCCAAUGUGAGCGCUUGCGAGAGAAGAACCUGAAAGCAGCAGAGAAAUACAAGAAGUUGACAUUCAUGCCACGCUGUGAUCCAGAAACAGGGGACUGGGAAUCUGUACAGUGCUUGGAGCAUGUUGGAGUGUGCUGGUGUGUCAACAGGGCUGGGGAACCCCUCAAGGGUUCUGUAACACGAGAUGUGCCCCCCACAUGCAAUAUCCGACAAGCUCGGCGCAGAAUGCAUGAGGAACUGGACUUUAACAUUGAAGAACUGCUCAAAGAGGUGGUAGUACUGAAUGAACAUAUGCCAAUGAAGUCACGGUGCCAGUCUCUGCGUGAGCGCAUGACAGGCACCAAUGCUGUGUAUGCAGUCAGUUGUGAUGCUCAGGGCAGGUUCUUGCCCAUGCAAUGCUACCCACGCAAAUCAGAGAAGUUUCCUGACUGCUGGUGCGUGGACGAAGCCGGUAACCAACUGCCCAACACAAUGACAUUCAAGAGGGGAGCUAAGAUAUGCCUGCCAACUCUGGUUGAUGCUGUUGAGGUGCAGCUCGGUUUCCAAGGCCAGCAGCAAGACAUGACUUCAAAUGAAAGGCUCAUAUCUGAUGUCAGGAGGGCCACGGAGAAGCUGGGAGCAAAGCUCCGCAACAACCUCAUAGAGGUUAAGAAGCAUUCUGAUGUCACUUAUGUCACCUUUGAGAUCAUUGGCAGCAACAAAGUGGAUGUGGCAUUCCACCUUGAGGAGAUGGUGCGAGCAAACGAAUUAGUGGUGGGUGCAGAUGCCCUUGUGGCUGACAUCACCAAUUCUCGCUUCAGCCAUCACCUGUCUGACGUCAGUAAUGAGCUAGACAUGUCAGAUCAUGUUAUUGCUCUUGAACACCGUGAAGUUGUAUCCCAGUCACCUGUGUCCAUGGUUACACCAUACCAAACCGCAAUUGUUGUGCUGUCUGUUGCAUCAGCAUUUGUUAUCUGCGUUCUAGCAGUGGUUAUUGCCCUCUAUCGCACAAAGGCAUCCCGCAACGGUGUACAUACAAUGAAGACAAAUGGAAAUGCACAGAGGUUCUUGUCGCAGACUGCCCCUAUAUAUGUGGUGUCUGUGCCCCCUAUUGGGAAGCCAGAGACCAGCUUCCCACACACAGGAAUCGGUAAGGAGGGAGCAGAAGGCAGCUAGACGGCUCUGCCCUCCAGCAUUCUAGUAAUGCAGCACACAAGUACCAACCAUGCUGCCAUGACAACUGACAAUCAAACUCAUGUAUAUAUCAAUUAAGUCUUGUAGUUACACUGUACAGUCAAUAAAUAAUUUCAACUGUCAAUAACC